CCCCUCCGACCAUAUUGUCUCAAUUUCCACUGCCCCAUGUCCCUUAGAACAUGGAGUAAAUUAUGGAAGCUUUCCCCUACUCUAAACUCCAAAGUCCUCACAUCCCUCUAAUCUCAGACCAACCAUAUAAGCUCUCAUGCAAACGCCAAACAUUUUCUUACACUUCUUGUACCAACAAAAACCAUCAAUUCCAAGGGAGAAACUAAGGCAAAAGAAAAAAGAUAAGAAAGCCCACUUUCUAUUUUAUCAUUGCAAUCAAAUCCAACUAUAAAAGUAGCCAUUCUACCAGCAGCACUUUGUUUUAUCAUUUUCCUGGAAUCCCCUUAAAACUUGGGGAGAACAAAAACUUCCAGUCCAUCCUUCUUCAACCUUGAAGCAAAAGCGAAAAAGAAAAAGGGAUAAGGGAAAAAAAAAACGAUAUGGAAAUUGAAUCAGUUAGAUGUGAGUGUUGUGGUUUGAAAGAAGAUUGCACCCAAGAUUAUAUCAAUGAUGUUAAGGCCAAAUUUGAUGGCAAAUGGCUAUGUGGGUUAUGCUCAGAAGCUGUCAGAGAUGAGGUGAGUAGAAGCAAGAAGCAAUUUGGUGUUGAAGAAGCUGUUAAAGCUCACAUGUCAUUUUGUGGCAAAUUCAAAUCCAAUCCAGCCGUUCGAGUAGCUGAUGGUAUGAGGCAGAUGCUGAGAAGAAGGUCGGGAGACUUGGCAAAUACGCGUAAUUCACCUUCUUCUUCUAAGAAGUUCGCAAGAUCGGCUAGCACAAAACUGUACUAAUUGGCCAAAAAACAAAGGAAAGGGAGGAAAGGCCUUUACCUUAGUUGGAAUAAUAUUGAUAGCUAAGCCUUUUUCCGGCUAAGUUUUCAACUUGUCUUGUACAGGAGAUGUUAUUUCAAUGGAGGCUUCUUCCUGUUUUUGUUUUUCUUUA